CAAAACAAAUUGCCCCGAGAACGAGACAUCCGAGAUUGGGGGCAAGCAAGGCAGGGGCUAUACUGAAUACCGGUCACAGGUCCAUUGCUGAACAAAGUGAAUUGAGCUAGAGGAAGUGAUCAGUGCAAGUUGGCUGAAUCACUGGCACAUUCAUCCAUAGACCACAGCGCCCUCUGUCACACCGACUGGAGCUCCAUCUGUAUAAGCAGCCGCCGCCAUGGUGACCAGUAGCGCUGCGGUGCGGCCGGCUCGGGAAGCUGCCGAGCUAGACCGCUGCCUGGCGCACCUGCCGCCAGCGCCGGGCCGCUCGCCGCACCGGCGUACCUUCCAGCCGCGCGUGCUGGAUGCCUGCCUGCGGGAUGCGGCCGUGCGGCGCACGCUGAAAAUCUCCAAAGCGAUCGUGCUCGGUGACUCGGGCGUAGGCAAGACGUCGCUCGUCAACCGCUUCUGCCACCAAGUGUUCGACAGCAACUACAAAGCCACGGUGGGCGUCGACUUCGAGGUGGAACGCUUUGACGUGCUGGGUGUACCGUUCAGCCUCCAGGUAUGGGACACAGCUGGACAGGAGCGCUUCAAAUCCAUCGCCGCCUCGUACUAUCGAGGCGCCCGCGCCGCCGUCAUCUGCUUCGACGUCACCGAUCUGAUGUCUCUCUCUCACGCGGCGCAGUGGUGCCACGACGUGCUGGAGGCCAACCCGGUACCGCCGCUGCUGUUUCUGGUGGGCACCAAACAGGACCUGGCCUCUCGACCGGCGCUGGAGCACGCGCGCGAGACGGCGGUCUCCAUGGCCGAGACGCUCGGCGCAGAGCUGUGGCUGGUCUCCUCUCGCACGGGCGCCAACGUGGACGCGCUGUUCUGCCGCGUGGCCGGGCUGACGUUCGAUGCGAGCGUGGCGGCCGAGCUGGCCGACGGAGGGCCGCGUAAGGUCGGGGACGCUGUCACGCUGUCGGCGGAGAAAAGGGCUGACGGGCUGCGCGGCCGGCUGGUGCGCCAGCUCGGCUGGUGCCGGCCGCAGUAGGGCGGAUGGGCGGUGGGUGCCGCCCGCAGUAGGGCGCGGCUGGUGCGCCAGCUGGGCUGGUGCCGCCCGCAGUAGGGCGUCAGGACUGGUGCCGCCCUCAGUAGGGCGUGAGGUCGCCAGCUCGGUUGGUGCCGCCCGCAGUAGGACGUCAGGUCAGUGGACCAGAAUCAAAUCCAUCUUAUUCAUAAUAAUUGGAUCCUUCCUUCUUUUCUCAUACAUACUUUGGCAGCUUUCUAAGCUGCGAUCAUGUUAUGGGUUUUAAUCGAAAUUCUCGCAUCGUUUCGUUUUGUUUUUUUUUGUCGCUGCUUUCUAUACGCGCUUUUAAUUGUGUUAUCUUCUUUUCAUCAUCUCAUUGCGUGACAUUUUUAUCGGAAAAUGAGGAAAAAUGAGCGGAGUCAAUGACAGCCAGAUGUCAAACAGAGCUAAGGCUGUAAAUAGCCGUUUCCCUCUCAGUUCUAACACUUGCAUCACUAUCGAUCGAUGUUUCUGCUGUUCAAGUAAAUUGCGCUGAAGUAAUUACCCAAUGACUCAGUUGCUGUCUGUAAAACAUCACUGGCUCAAGGUUUUCCUUUAUGGCUGUUUACCUUAUUAAUUCGGUCAUCCAGUGAUUAAUCCGGUAAUUCAUUCUAGUCUGACAGCAACCAUCAGCACUCGAAAACGAAUCGAAAUGGCCGCUCCAUUUGCACGUCUGUUCGUUAGUUUUGGUAAACGAUCUGCUGAUUUUACAGCCGUGAUUAUAAACAGUAUCACGGGAGGGUCAUGAGGUGUAGACAAGUUAUCGCGUGCAUGUUUACUAAACUCAGUCUGGUCAUCUCCGCAGUUUGUUUUCCGUGAAAUCGUUUGAGCUUUUGCGGCCUAAGGGAUUUGAGAAGGAGGCAAGGAAGUCGUAUGUGUAUGUAAUUUGCAUGUUCACUGUUCAGUGUGAGAAUCCGUCCAAGUUUUUCUAUAAUGUUGUCUAUAUCCUGCCCUGCUAGAUCGCAUGCUGUAUGCUGUAGCUCUCAUGCGCGAUACUGAUAAACGACCAGUGGUCCAUAUACGGAGCCAUUUCUUAUUGUGAUCUUCCAUGAAACGCAUCAUCCUGGCUUUUAUCUUCAUUUGAUGGCGUCAUGCUUCGGUAUUCAUCUGUGUUUCUUGUGUGCUCACUUUUCGGAGAUCGUGUGCACUAAACACUAGGCAGUAAGCACCAAGUAGUUGUUGGUUCAGUGAAAUAUUGUGCUUUGCCUCGGGUGGCUGUCCAAGUAAACUUCAGUUCGAUGUGAAGUGUUUAGUGUGCACAUGAUGAAUGGCAGGCUUUACCAGCACUGAUUUUAAAGCGCACAAAAUGCUGGUUAAUGGUACCUAGUUGAUUGUUUCGCACCGUUCGCACUUUCCGUUUCCAUUAACUUUUGUGAUACAAACUCAACGCAAUGUGUCCAAUGUUUUUCACUAGCUCGUCUUUAUGACGUUGGUAGACAUUGAUAAAUUAUUUUUGUACAGAUGUAAUUUUUUCUAGUCUAUCCACUGUGAUUUCUUUUGCGAGAAUAACAAGGAAGUUGCUUGUGAUUCGUUGAUGGCCAUUUCAUCACUGACUUAUAUUAUACGUUCAGGUUUGUUGUGCGAUAUGGCUUUAAAGGGACCCUCCCACCUUAACAUUAGAUUUGAGUUGAGAUAGCCAAAAUGGGGUCCCUGGCUCACAAUUACCGGUUUCGGCACUCACAACAUCGAGAAAUGCCUUAAAUAGGAAAUAUUGAAUUUCAAAAUUGCAGCAUUUUGAUUCAGAGGGGCUAAUGCUUAGGAAUACCCCUCUGAAUGUGUGACGUCAGCGCAUAUAUCUAACGAUUUUUAAAUGUUUGACUAAAACGUUUUGUAGCACGCGGUGGUAUAUGCUAUUUGCGCGCAACAUCUGCCGCAAACGCCGCACUUCUAAAAUAAAGUCGCUAGAAACAGCGGAGAUCCCAAAAAAGUAAACAAAAGUAAAAGUCUAAUAUCUUGAAAACCGGUGAAUAUUUUUCGGUGAAAUUUGGUAGAUAUUCGUUUUCGCUCUUUUUGAACCGAGCGACAUCACUUUUAUGCCAAUUCAUAAACUUUUUUGAAGGUGGGAGGGUCCCUUUAAUGAGUGUUGGUCUCUUGUUUGAUUCGCAAUAUGAGGAUUCUGUUUUGUUUGUGUGAAUGUUCUCGUUGUAGCGGAUGUGCAAUUGCUUCCAAUUGGUUUAUUUGAGCCGUGAUUUUUACUGAUUUCCGGUAGGCGGGUGUAAGCCUAAGACAUGUCGAUGAGUCGAUAAGCUUGUCACAUGUGAGAGUUGCGUUAUGUUCUGGCAUAGAUAAACAAUGACGUGAGAGCGUUGAUCACGGACCACAUGGCCACUUGUCGUCAGACGUCGAUCUUUCAUUUUUGUACGAGCCUUUGCUUCCAGAUUUGUAUGAUUUUUAAUAAACAAAUGUUCCGUGA